CCCUGGUAAAGGGAAAUACUGUUUUUUCUUCUGUUUUCAAAGAGCUGCUCAGUUCCUGCGGAAAAUGGCAGAUCCUCAGUCCAUUCAGGAAUCCCAGAACCUCUCCAUGUUCCUUGCCAACCACAACAAGAUAACACAAUCUUUACAGCAGCAGUUGGAGGUGAUUGUUGGCUAUGAAGAGUUGCUUGCAGAUAUUGUGAAUUUGUGUGUGGACUACUAUGAAAACAAAAUGUAUCUAACGCCCAGUGAGAAACACAUGCUUCUGAAAGUUAUGGGUUUUGGAUUGUACCUCAUGGAUGGAAGUGUCAGUAACAUCUAUAAGCUGGAUGCAAAGAAAAGAAUAAAUUUAGCCAAGAUAGACAAGUUCUUUAAGCAGUUGCAGGUUGUCCCACUGUUUGGUGACAUGCAGAUUGAACUUGCAAGAUACAUUAAGACCAGUGCACAUUACGAGGAAAAUAAAUCCAGAUGGACAUGCACGUCUUCCAGCAGCAGUCCCCAGUACAAUAUAUGUGAGCAGAUGAUCCAAAUCAGAGAAGACCAUAUGCGUUUCAUAUCAGAACUGGCUCGCUACAGCAACAGUGAGGUGGUGACAGGGUCUGGUCGACAGGAAGCUCAAAAAACAGACGCGGAGUAUCGGAAGCUCUUUGAUCUCUCUCUCCAAGGCCUGCAGCUUCUCUCCCAGUGGAGUGCACAUGUCAUGGAAGUGUAUUCUUGGAAGCUGGUACACCCAACUGACAAAUAUUCUAACAAAGAUUGUCCUGACAAUGCAGAAGAGUAUGAAAGAGCAACAAGAUACAAUUAUACUAGUGAGGAGAAGUUUGCUUUGGUUGAGGUGAUUGCCAUGAUCAAAGGUCUUCAGGUGCUGAUGGGCAGGAUGGAAAGUGUUUUCAAUCAUGCCAUUCGCCAUACCAUUUAUGCGGCUCUUCAAGACUUUGCCCAGGUCACGCUCAGAGAGCCACUAAGACAAGCUAUUAAAAAGAAGAAAAAUGUCAUUCAGAGUGUUUUGCAGGCCAUCAGAAAGACAGUCUGUGACUGGGAGGCUGGUCACGAGCCGUUCAAUGACCCAGCACUGCGGGGAGAGAAGGACCCCAAAAGUGGUUUUGACAUCAAGGUCCCAAGGCGUGCAGUGGGACCCUCCAGCACUCAGCUUUACAUGGUGAGAACUAUGUUAGAGUCCCUCAUUGCUGACAAAAGUGGUUCCAAGAAAACCUUGAGAAGUAGCCUUGAGGGGCCCACCAUAUUGGACAUAGAAAAAUUCCAUCGCGAGUCUUUCUUCUACACUCAUUUGAUAAAUUUCAGUGAAACCCUGCAGCAAUGCUGUGAUCUGUCCCAGCUGUGGUUCAGGGAAUUCUUCUUAGAGCUGACCAUGGGCAGAAGAAUCCAGUUUCCCAUUGAGAUGUCCAUGCCUUGGAUUCUGACGGACCAUAUUUUGGAGACCAAAGAGGCAUCAAUGAUGGAGUAUGUUCUGUAUUCUUUGGACCUUUAUAAUGACAGCGCUCAUUAUGCACUUACUAAAUUUAAGAAGCAGUUCCUCUAUGAUGAGAUUGAGGCAGAGGUAAACCUCUGUUUUGACCAAUUUGUCUACAAGCUGGCAGACCAAAUAUUUGCGUACUACAAGGCAAUGGCUGGCAGCUUUCUUUUGGAUAAGAGAUUACGUUCAGAAUGCAAGAAUCAGGGAGCAACCAUUCAGUUGCUACAGUCCAACCGCUAUGAGACGCUGCUGAAACAAAGACACGUCCAACUUCUUGGUAGGUCAAUAGACCUGAACCGACUGAUCACUCAGCGAAUCUCAGCAGCCAUGUACAGGUCAAUGGAACUGGCAAUUGGUCGGUUUGAGAGUGAGGAUUUGACUUCCAUUGUGGAGCUGGAUGGCUUGAUAGAGAUAAACAAAAUGACUCACAAGCUUCUGAGUAGAUACAUGACCUUGGACAGCUUUGAUGCCAUGUUCAGAGAAGCCAAUCACAAUGUGUCAGCCCCUUACGGAAGAAUCACUCUUCACGUCUUUUGGGAACUCAAUUAUGAUUUCCUUCCAAACUACUGCUACAACGGAUCCACUAACAGAUUUGUUCGGACCGUGCUACCGUUUUCUCAGGAAUUUCAGAGAGAUAAGCAGCCUAAUGCUCAGCCGCAGUAUCUUUAUGGAUCAAAGGUUGGAUUUAAUUCCCUUUACAUUUAUAGUUUGCUCAUGUUUAAAGAUAUCUCUUUUGAUUGUAGAAAUUGUGGAAUAUGA